AUGCACUUCUGCAAUAAAGUCCCGGCGGCGGCCUGGCGGCUGCUCGGCAAGGCCGAGUGGCCGGCCUUGAAGAAGGCCAACUUCGCACUGCGCCUCGGAAGGGGGGCCAAGCUCGCAGGUGCUCUUUGCCUCUUCGUUUUUUUUUCUGCUGCGGGCCUCAUCUCCUCCGCCCUCCGUGCCCCGGGGCCCAGGUGUUUCAGUGAGCAGGGCGAGGGAGCUGCCGAGCUGCUGGGCGCUUUGGGCCGCUGCCAGGAGCUCGAGGACGGGUCAAAAGGGGUUGACGUUUUCCUGAAAGCAGAUAGUCCGCAGUGUUUCAACAGGGACGGAGAGGGAGCUGCCGAGCUGCUGGGCGCCUUGGGCCGCUGCCGGGAGCUGGAGGACGUCGACUUCUUCUUGUGCGAGAAGAUCCCGGAGUCGGCUUGGGCGGCGCUUGGGGAGGGCGUGUGGGCGGUUUUGAGGAACUCGGAAGGCAUCCCUGAGACUUAUCUGAGCCGAUUGCGGGGCCAGCGGGAGGGUUGA